AUAACUAAUUGUCAGUAAUUAUAAACUAAUCAUAAAGUUAUUAAAAAAAAAAAAAAUAAAAUGAUUAUCAAAUUUUUGGUGACAAUUGUUUUGAUGGUAGCACUGGUAGCCUACCAGUGCAACUGUAAUGAUUGGUGGCCGCCAUCGGGCAAAACAACUCAAGCACCGGUAGUCUUGGCUUGUGGCCAGGGAUUGGUGGCCAUUGACGGCGAGUUUAACGGCAGCCGUAGUGUCCAAUUGGGUGAAGUACCGUGGCAAGUGUCGGUACAGUCGAAAGCUGGUGGCGCCAAAUGGGGACACAGUUGCGGUGGGGUUGUCAUCAGCAAAGACUUUGUACUGACCAGUGCUGUCUGCGCUGGCGGUGGAUCAAACAACGAAGCCUUUUGCCGUUCAGAGGCCGGUAUUGUUGAUCUGCCGAAAGGUGGUUGGGCUCGACGUCGCCGACGACAGGCCGAUGUCCUAUACCCGGGUCAGGACACUCCUGGCCUGAAGUAUACAAUGCGAUCGUAUAUUCAUCCGGAUUUCGAUAAGGAAACGCUGGCCAACAAUCUGGCAUUGCUUCAACUGGCCCAGCCGUUUGACGUGGCCAAAGCUGCCGGCACUAUCAACCAUAUAUGUCUGGCCACUGAAACGGCUGCACCCGAUGCCGACCAGCAGCUGUAUGUUAGCGGUUGGGGUGCUAUAGACGGUGCCAUUGAUUUCCGGCCACAGCUACAGCUAGUUAAGGCCAGACAAGUGGACUGUGAGCCGAUAGCGGCACCGGCAGCUGAACUGCCCAAUCAGUUAUGUGUUGUCCAGGACUUGUUAGACGAUACUAUGGAUGAGUGUGUGGGUGAUUUUGGUGGUCCCUUAUUCAGCACCAAUGGUGGUAACCAGUCGACCCUAGUAGGCAUCUAUACAUCGGGUAACGGUUGUACCAGUGCUAACAAUACGUCCAAAUUUCUAGAUAUUAAACCCUAUUUAGUUUGGAUUCAAGAAACAGCUAAACCUGCUUAUGGAUAACUAUAUAUAUAUUUUUAUAAAAAAAACGCAAUUAAAUGUAUU